AUGGUUCGCCUCCACGUUCCGGCAAAGAUCCUCUCUGUUCUGAGCCCUUUGGUACCCGCUGUCAAGGACGAGGACAGCAAAUCAGGCGCUGCUGGUCUGGCGAAUCGCUUCACGGGUCUCGCCGUCCACGAGCCAUUGCAGGAGUUCCUGGAUCUUCCUGAUGUCGUCAGACCAGGCACAGCGCAGGACGACAACUCUACAUACGAGGCCCAGCCGGAGCCGUCCUUUGAGGAGGCAGUGUUUGCGCUGGAUGCUCUCAUGAACGACCUGGGUCAUGUCAGGAAUCAUAUUCAAUGGAUCUGGUACAACCACAAGGAUGGCCUCUUCGAAGUGGCCCCAGCCACCGUCGCAACCGACACCAGCGUUGCCCUCGCCAGAGGCCUGAUAGACGAGCUGCUCCCUUUGCUGGGACGGAGCGGUGGAGUCGGAGACCUCCAGAAAAAGUACCAUUUGUUGAGGCGCAUGGGGCAGGGCUGGAAGCUUCGAGAUAUCAUGGUUUCUGACAAUUUCAAGGACAAUUUCAACUACAAGACGUAUGAUAUCGCCGGCGGCACCUAA